AGGAAAAGCACCAGGCACUCUGUUAUGACCGAGAGUCAGGACAGAUCUCUUAAAGCCAGUUUUGGAACUGAUGGAGCAGCUUGGAUAUAACCUUCACUAAAGUGUCUCUCCAGCUACUUAACCCAUGUGUGUUUCAUGUGUUCAGCUCAGCACAUUAAGAUUCUAUGUCAAGGAGCUGUUGAAGAAGGCCUACAGUCAAUCCAGUUGCUGUUAUCCAAAAUCAACCAGCUCCCAGAUAAUAUGAGCAGAGAGACAUCUAGUGUUUGUUGGCUCCUUUAACGACGCAGCUUUUUAGGCUGUGAAACUGAGGGUGUGUUUGGCAGAUCUCCAAAAUGGACAACAUCACAGCCGAAGCUAACGUGGGACUCAAGCUCACGUGUAACAUGACCGGGCACCACGAUUUCAUCUUCACGUUCAUCCCAGUAGUCUACAGCUGCAACUUUAUCAUUGGAAUUGUAGGCAACAGCCUGGUAGUCGCUGUCAUCUACUUCUGUUUGAAGCUGAAGACCGUUGCAAACAUAUUUGUUUUGAACUUGGCCGUGUCAGACUUGACCUUCCUCCUCACCCUGCCCAUUUGGGCCAUAUACACUGCAACAGGCUAUGAGUGGCUCUUUGGAGACUUCCUAUGUAAAGCCAUUGCUGGUAUGGCCCUCCUUAAUCUAUAUACUAGUAUUUUUCUCCUCACUGCUCUCGCUAUUGACCGGUAUCUGGCCAUCGUUCAUCCCGUCAAGUCCCGCCGGUGCCGUACGGUGGUGUACGCCCGUGUGACGUGCGUCUUGGUUUGGGUAGUGGCUUUCCUUUUAAGCCUUCCCACAGCUGUUAUCCGUGGGACCCAUUUUAUCCAGCAUAACAAUGUCACUGUAUGCGCCAUCCUAGACGAAGAAGAUCUUCGCCAUGUGCUGGCAGCUCUCAGCCUGAUGAAGAGUGUUCUUGGGUUCCUUCUGCCCAUCACCAUCAUCCUCACAUGCUACUGCCUGAUUGGCCGGUCUCUGCUCAAAGCACGGGACAUUCAGAGGAAUUCGAGAUCGAACGGGGACGAGGUGUUGAGCAUGCUGGCCGCCGCCGUGCUGUCGUUUUUCCUUUGCUGGACACCACAUCAGAUCUUCAACUUCAUGAACAUGCUUGGUAUGCUGAAAGUGUUUACCAACUGCGAUGUCAUUGAGAUCAUUGACACCGUAAUGCCGUUCACCAUUUGCAUUGCCUUUUUCAACAGCUGUAUGAACCCAAUCCUGUACGGUUUUGUCGGGAAGAACUUUCGCAGGAACUUGCUGAAGCUCUUGAGGUGUUCCUCGACUUCUGUGGCGUCUCACCCCAGCCUCAGUAUCAAGAUGAGCUCUCUCUCAUAUCAAGCCACGGAGUCAUUACACCUCUCCGUCAAUAAAAUGUCCUCAAUACCUCAAGCCACAUGAGGAAACCAGAUAGUAAAUGAAUCUCCUUCUCACUGAUUCAAUUCAGAAGAUGACUCUUGGUUAUUGUGUAUGUAUGUGUAAAUUUGAUCCAACAACAUUAUAUAUGAUGUUAACUUUUCACCUUCCUCGCCAAAGGACAAAAUCAUGCUGAAAAUACUAAAAAUGCUUUGUAUAAUAUUUCUAGUAUUUCACCCAUCUAAGCUGUUAAAGUGUCAUUUGUGUGAUUUAAAUGCUGUAUUUUCCACCAUUGUGAUGAAUGAAAUCUUCAUAAUUCUACACAUUUUUUUGUGUCUCAUAGCUCCACUGAUUAGACCAGGGGUUUACAAACAUACCCCCAAAUAUGAUGGUCUCCUUCUGAGAGAGAUAAAAAAGGCAAUCCAUGGUUAUCUAUUUAUAAUUGAUAUAUAACUAAACAAUUUUUAUACAUUAACAAUAAGUUUUUAGAAACUGCAUUUUUUCUACACACAUGUAAUUUAUAUUAUUGACAGCAUUGGGUUUAUUAUUUGAUUAUUAAUUCACUAUGACAGUCUCAUGAUUUUUGACCAGUCUUUUAGAAAGCAAAAUGAAACACUCAUAGUGUCAAGUUCUGUAAUUGUAUUUAUUUAAAUUGAUUUAAUUGAACAUUUUUUAUUUUUUUCUCCCCUUGUGGCUCCCCGAGGGUCCCUGGCCCCCAGUUUGAAAGCCCCUGGAUUAGACUAUGGCAUACAGUCUAACAAGACAUGGUAGUUUUCACAUACUGUAUGCUGUGCUAUCAUGGUCACCACUGUUUAGUCUUGAUAUGAAUUAUCUUCUGAUAAAUGUUUUGUUUUUCUUACACCACUGUUGUCAUUUAGCACUUCAAGCAGGCUCUAAUGGUUGGUUGGUAAAACUGUAUUUUGCAACAUGCUGUUCUAUAUAAUGUACUUGAGUCUGAAAAUGUAUGUAAAGUGGUGU